CAUCGGCGUUGAGAAAAGUUCCCAUGUCCAUUUCUCUUCUCAUCUUCGUCGUAACAAUACAAAAGAAACAACACAAACCAUGCCUAAUCCUAGCUCCCGCCGCUCGAGCAUCCUCGAAGCCCACGAUGUUUUCGAGAAGUACCACAAGCAUCUCUCGUCUUUCAGCGAGGAGGAUGAAUCCAUUCCUGAGGAAAAUCUUACCGGAGGGUCUAACCUUACGGAAAGCGUCAAGGAAGGUGUAAAGCGAGGAAGAAAACCAAACGCGUCCUUCCCCAUGUUCCAUCGUGUUAUGAAAACUGGAGUAAUCUACGCUACCACUCGUGCGAAAUCUAAUGGUUUUUCUGCGGAAACCGAAGAGGAGUGGGCCAAGUAAGUACUGAGCUACUGACAUCGGAAUCCUACUCUAUAGUUGUUGAAUCUCUCUCGUCAAAUUCCACGAUGAUAUGGAAUGUCACCGAGUAAUGAAACUUCAAGUUGUUCGUGGCAUGAAUACGUUACUAUACUAACAGUACUUGUUGGCCAAUCAUCACAUCGUAUCUAUCAAUCUAUCGCGAACUACUGACGAGUUCAGUAUGGGCCAGGUAAGGUUUGAAGAAUAGAAUAGUGUGUUGUCUCGAAUGGAAGCUUCGGCAAUACAACCAAUUGAUCUCUGAAUAACCUAAAGGAUUGAAGAAAGCAGCUAACUGAAUCUCCUAUCACCUAUUUGACUGCUUUCUCUGACAUACACAAAGGGAGCACCUGAAACAGGAACACUUCCUGGUGCCCCAUCACGGAACUUUAGUAUGACUAUCCCCGAAGCAGAACUCGAGUACGCACCGGUUACAGGUCUCACCGAACUACGAGAGAAAAUUGCCGAUUAUUACAACCAUUUGUACCGUCAAGGAAAAGCUAGUCAGUAUACGAUGGAUAACGUUUGUGUCGUUCCUGGUGGAAGAGCAGGUCUAACCCGUAUCAUGGCCGUUUUGGGGAACGUCAAUAUCGGGUAUUUCACACCCGAUUACACGGCCUACGAACAAUGCCUGGGUUUAUUCCUGAGAAUUUCACCUUCGCCCCUCCUUCACCGAGACAUCAAUGAAGCUCUCAUGGAACCAGAUGAAUUCGAAUUUCAAUGCAAAGGAGCAGGUCUUGGAUCGSUCCUUCUUAGUAAUCCUGCUAACCCCACCGGCCAAAGUAUUGAGGGAGAGAAAUUGCGAAGAUAUGUAGAAAUUGCACGCAAUACAGAAACUGCUCUCCUGUACGUCGUUGGUAUCUUUGAAUCUAUGAUAGGCAAGAGAAUGUUACUUCGUUUGAGUCCCUAACUAACAAAAUCAUUUUUUCAAUUGCUACCUCAUCACGACAAAAACAUUGCAAUAAAAGUAUGGAUGAGUUCUACUCUCAUUACUAUUAUGACGGGGAGGCUACAGAUCCGUUGGACGGAGGGAUCGACGUAAGUAUAAAUUACGAAUUGUCAUAUCUCAUUCCAUAAAACUGAAAUACUCAUCGUCCUUUGCAAUUGAAAUGACAACAGGAUAAUUCCAAUUGGCCUAAAACAGUAAGCAGCGCAACCUAUAUCGAGGACGUCAAUGAGGAYCCAAUUGUAAUCGUAAGUUUGAACAACGAUCUUGUUGGACCUUUUCAUUUCGAACGAAUCCUUUUGUUGUCUUAUUAUGGUUUUACGUUGCAUUCGUUUCUUUUGGACAAUAUUCUAGGUCAAUGGGCUAACAAAAAACUGGCGCUGCCCUGGAUUCCGAGUGUGUUGGAUUGUUGCUCCCAAGGCUAUUGUCUCCAUGCUCGGUUCAGCUGGUAGCUACUUGGAUGGAGGAGCAAAUGCACCACUACAAAAACUAGCAUUGCCUCUAAUGGAACUCGAUUUCAUUCGUAAAGAUACUUGGGCGCUUCAGAGGCAUUUCCGUAUGAAGCGCGAUUUCUUAUUGACGGAAUUAGCAAAACUGGGCAUCAAAGUUCAAUGGAGUAAGUUUAUCUGAUUUUAUUUCUCGUGCUUUAUGCGAUUGUCCUUACUUUGAUCCUCAUGCAUGAAUAUUUGGUCUUUUAUUUUACUGCCAUUUCUUGAUACAGAACCCACGGCCACAUUCUAUAUCUGGGCGGAUAUUUCUGCCCUUCCACCUCCAUUAAAUGAUUGUUUAGUUUUCUUGGAGGAAUGUGCCAAGCAUAAGAUUAUCUGCGUUGUAAGUUUCCGGUCAAUUUGGAAUUCGGGUUCACUGUUUUAAAGGGUAUUUAUUUUUCCAAAUAUAUUGGCGACUGACAUUGUCCAAUGCUUUCGUUUUUUACAUAGCCUGGUGUAUUCUUUGAUAUCAACCCACGAGGACUGAAGACAUUGUUGAAGAGUACUUGCAUAUCCAAUGUAAGAUUCUCUUACGGUCCUCCCAUGAGAAACUUAACACUUGGUAUGAAACAGCUAGCCUCCCUAAUCUCGGAGUGGAAGGAGCACCCUGAGUCUAUUGGAGACUAU